AUGAAGAAGGAAAGAAUCCAUAAUGAUCAUUUUAAUGAUGUUGAAAAAAUUAACAGCUUGAUUCAAUUCAUUGAUUAGAAAAAUUAAGAAUGUGAUAAAUUAAUUGAUGAUCUUAAUAAAUUAAUAGAAGUUAUGAAUCAAUCAUUUUCUUAAUUAAAAAGAGGAAUCAUAUAAAAAUAUUAAUUAUAUAAGCAAAGAUUAAUAUUAUUGAAUUCUUAAUAAAUAAAUGAUUACUUGAAUUCAACAAUCUAAUUUAAAGAAUAUUAAUAAUCAAUUACAAAAAUCAUAUCAGAAUAGACUAAUAAAUUAAAUCAUUCUUUUAAUAAUUUAUAUCAAUAAUUAAACUUAUCUUAAUUUAAUUAUUAUUAGAUUGAUAAUAAUUCUAUAUAAUUAUCUAAACAAUUAUAAGAUAAAGGUAUUCAUCUUAUUAUAAUUAUUAGGUUAUAAAUUAUAUUGGGAAUAUAAAUAUCUUGAAGCCAUAGAAGUACUAGAUCAAUCUAUAUAAUAAGAUCCAAAUAAUCAUCAAUCAUUAUUGUGUAAAGGUUAAGUAAUAAAUAAUUAAUAGGUGAAUGCUUAAGAUUAUUAAAUAAAUAUGAGGAUGCAAUCACUUGGUAUGACAAAGCAUUAAUUAUUGAUACGAAGCAUGUUGAUUCUUUAUGUGCAAAAGGUAAAUUGCAUCAUAAUGUAAUUAAUAGGUGAAUGCUUAAGAGGAUUAAACAAAUAUGAGGAUGCAAUCACUUGGUAUGACAAAGCAUUAAUUAUUGAUACGAAGCAUGUUGAUUCUUUAAGGGCAAAAGGUAAAUUGCAUCAUAAUUUAAUUAAUAGGUGAUUGCUUAAGAUUAUUGAAAAAAUAUGAUCAAUCUUUAAAAAUAUUAGAUUAAGCACUUACCAUUAAUCCACAACAUAGCUUUUCUCUUCAAUCUAAAGGUAUAUUAUAAUCAUAAUUUAUAGGUUUAUGUUUAGAAGAUCAAUACAAUUAUAAAGAAGCUUUAAUUUAUUACGAGAAAUCAUUAAAGAUAGACCCAAAUGAUCAAUGGAUAAUAAACUAAAAGAGUAUUUUUAACAUAUUAGAUUAGAAAUUUGUGAGAAUAAAUUGAAGAAAUGA